GAGAGACUCUAGAAGGUCCAUUCAGAGAGUGGUCCUAACGGGAGAAUGCUGCUGAUGUGGACACCGCUGUUGUGCUGGGGGCUGCUGCACCAAGCCCAAGGGACAACCCAUAGUCCUCUGCUCCUGCGGAUCAGCGAGAGAUGGGUGGAAACAAAUAUUUCAGAUCUAUUCAUGGAACAUGAGGUCCUGAAAGGUAUGAUCAGGAUGCCUGUGACUGGAUCCCCAAGUGAGGGUGUGUCUGUCCUGGACCGUCUGCCCUUCGUCAAAAAGGAGUUUGUUGGGAAGAAGAGUGGGCUGGACCUGUCACUUGUGGGGGACCUGCUCUCUGGGAAGACGAUGCCUGAGCUGAAGACGCUACUAGAGACAGCUGGGUUGGUCAUAGAAGAUGUCAAGGGACCGGAAGUCACCCUGGAAAUUCUAAGUGACAGCCUGCUGCAGAUCACACUGCGCUGCAAACUGUACCUCUCACUCCUAGAGAUCCUACGGCUAGAAGCCAUGAAGAACAUACGCAUUGGAGUACGGCUAGAACAGAUAGGGAACAAGACCCAGGUGGCCUUCGAGGAGUGCCACGUGCCCCCUGGGAGCCUGAACAUUGAGAUCCUGAAGCAAACAGAGACCCUGUUGCCAAACCAGCUGCUGAAUCUGGUGACUGAGAUCCUGGAGGAAUCACUGCCGUUCCUCCUCCAGAAGAUUGUGUGCCCUGUGGCCACAAACCUGCUCAACUUCCUGCUGGAAGACCUGCUACACAUCGCUCUCCCGCCAAUCAUCUCGGGUCCCAAUGAUUUCCAGUACUAUGUGACCACCACCGAGUUCACACAGGGAGCCAUCCUGAUGACAGUGCAGCUUGUGACUCCCUGUGGCCCACACCAGCGGGCUUCAAGGCCGGAGCAUGUGGUUCCCCCACCUCUCCCAGGAUUAGCCCAGGACAGCACGGCAGAUUUUGCCUUUUGGCUAGAAAUCUACAAUGACAUCCUGUCCUGUCUGUACACGAGCCAGGAGAUCUUCGUGGAGCCCCAAGACUCCUCGGAAACUGGCCUCUGGGAGCUGUUGUCCCUGAGUGCUCCGCAAUUACAGCCUGUAGUUCAUAAUGUGACCAGAGAGAGCCUGGGACUGAUCAUCAGCACCCCACAUCCACCCACUGUCCACCUGGAUGGCUCCAGGGCCACGGUCACCCAGCAGGGCUUACUGAUGCUGCAGGGGACCAAGAAUACCUCCUCUGAUGCGGUUGCCUGGCAAAUCCUCUCCAAAGCUGUGUUCUCCUCAAGAAAUCAGAAACUAAAACUCCAGUGCCAGACUAGAGGAACUGAACUGCAUGCUGUUUCCCCAUUGCAGGAAGAGCAUCUGAAGGCCUUGCUCUUGGCGGUCCUGAAGAGGCGGUUCUUGCCUCACCAUAACAAGUGGCUCAGAGAGCAUGGCCUCCUUCUGCCCAACAUCAAGGGCAUCUCCUUCAACCAUGCCCAGCUGGACUUCUCUGAGGAUUACAUACUGCUGACCAUUCCCGAGUAGCUGCUUUGCCAAGGCCCAGUCCCUGCCCCAGCUGCACAUGCUCAAGCCCCCAGAGUCCAUGAUCAGCAUCAGUCCCAGUGGAGUUCUCAGCUGUAAUAAAGAUGUUUCCUCUGA